GAGUGAGUCUAUCUUAGAGCUCAGUCUGUGCAGCAUGAAUUUGCUGCUGUUACCGCUGUUGGUCGUCGGCGUGUCGUCGGUGACACUUCAUCCCCAAAGCCACUGGGCAGGUGGAUUCCAGUUGCAGGUUGAAAUACCUGUGACCUGCGAGCUGACCAGCUGGAAAGUGCAUCUUACCUUUAGCGAGGAUGUGAACACAAUUGAGGUGUGGGCUGGUACCGCUGAGCAAGGGUCGAGCUCUCGUGAGUACAUCAUAACAAACAAAGAGUACGACGCUGUACAACACACAGGAGACACUCUCUCAUUCUCACUGGUUGCUCGCACCAGCGGCGACAGCAACCCAUCUAUCGAAGCCACUAUUGAAGGCUGUGGUGGUGACAGUGGCUCGAGUGGGAGUGGGGGCAACACGCAGACUCAAUGGACGGUGGCUCCCAGUUCAGGUGGAGGAUCUGCGGGAGGUAAAGACUACGGCGAUGCCUUGGCCAAGUCCAUUCUCUUCUACGACGCCCAGCGGUCCGGCAAACUGCCAGCAAACAACCCCAUCCACUGGCGGGGCGACUCGGCCCUCGGAGACUGCGUUGUUGGCGGAUGGUAUGAUGCUGGGGACCACGUGAAGUUCGGACUUCCUUUCGGAGCUGCUACUCACAUCUUGCUGUGGGGACUUCAGCUCUUUAAGGACGGGUACCAGCGAACUAACCAGCUGGACAACAUGUACGAUAUGAUCAAGUGGGGUUUGGACUACAUGCUCAAGGCCUGGAACCCUUCCACAAAGGAACUGGUGGUACAGAUUGGGGAUGGCAAUGCAGACCACUCGUUCUGGGGUCGUCCAGAGGACAUGACCAUGAACCGACCUUGCCUCAAAGUAAGGAAUCCUCAGGAUGGUGGGGCGGACAUCGCAGGCGAGUGGGCCGCGGCGCUGGCUGCAGGGUCCAUUGUCUUUAAGGACAAGGAUUCGUCCUACGCCUCCCAGUUGUUGACGGCUGCUGAAUCUUUGUACUCCUUUGCCAAAAGUCAGCAUGGGGUCUUUAAUGGUUCUGCACCUUUCUACGGGUCCACUGGCUUUAAGGACGAGCUUUGCGAGGGCGGCGUGUGGCUUUACCGGGCGACCAACAACCAGCAGUACUUGAGUCAAGCAAAGUCCUACUUUGAAGAUGAAUGGGCGUGGGGUCUCUCCUGGGACGAUAAGAAGAUAGCAUGCCAGGUGUUGCUGUACGAAACCACGAAGGAUAACACCUACAGAGUAGACAUCGAAGGCUUCAUGCAGACAUGGAUGCCUGGAGGUGAAGUGCCCUACACACCAUGUGGACUUGCCUGGAGGGACAAGUGGGGCUCAAACAGAUUAGCUGGCAACGCGGCUUUUAUUGCAAUUGCUGCUGCUGAAGCAGGUAUAAACUCUGCCGAGUACCGGAAAUGGGGUGUCGAGCAGAUCAACUACCUGCUGGGAGACAACCAUCACGAUGGUGGCUGUUUCAGCUUUGAGAUUGGCUAUGGUAGCAAAUUUCCCAGAAGCCCCCACCACCGAGCAUCGUCCUGUCCCGACAUGCCUCAGCCGUGUGGAGGUGACAGGGCGAACGCUCCUGGUCCCAGCCCCCAGAUCCUGUACGGAGGGCUUGUGGGUGGUCCUGAUCAGUCCGACAACUACAACGACAGUCGCCAAGACUACGUCAUGAACGAGGUUGCCCUUGACUACAACGCAGGCUUCCAGUCGGCGCUUGCAGGCAUUGUUCAUCUCAUUGGUACAAAUAACUAUCCUACCACAAACAACAAAUGUCCCUGCACCAGCAAGUAGGAUGUUCAGAAGCAGGGACUCUUCUUGCGACCAGACAAAAACAUAAACAGGAUUCGUUCAUCUCUUCCUGAAUAUUAUAAGUUAUAAUGAUGGAAUUUGACAUUUGUGAUAUUUUGUGAUCUGUUCAAGAGUACGACACACGAAAAAAGAGUAAAAUAAAGAAAGUAUGAACUUA